AUGUCACACAGGCAAAAAAAUAAAGCUGCAAAGGCAGAUCGCGCCUCCUUUUUCUUGGCCAAGUCGGCGACACCACACGCACGCGAAGGCCGCAGCCCAGAUGCAGAUGGCGGUGCCGCUCGCUCCGAGGAGGAUCCACCUUUAUCCCCAAUGUCCUCAGAUACAGGACCGGAGGACAGCCCGCCUACAACUCAGCAAUUGAAAAAAAUGCUGUCGGAACUUACUGACACCAUUCAGAAGAACAUGGCGACGCAGAUACAAACCCUCACCGCAGAUCUCAGGAAGGAGAUUAUAGAGGUGAGCCAACGUACUGCUCAGAUAGAGAAGAGGAUGGAUGAUUUCGCUGAAGCGCAUAACGGUCUCGCGGACAAGCUGCAUGAAUUGGACACCGUCCUGCACGACCAUGCGGUCAAAAUGGCCGACAUGGAGGACAGAUCAAGACGCAAUAACUUGCGUAUCCGCGGUAUACCGGAGUCUGUGCUCAACCCUGCACUUCCCGACUACCUGUUAGACCUCUUCCAAGCACUGUCACCGGAGACGCACCCGGAUCAGCUUAUCAUCGACCGAGCACAUAGGUUGAGAAGACCGAAACACCUCCCCAACUCCACCGCGAGGGACGUGAUAGUCCGUGUACACUUUUAUCAUGCCAAGGAGAGGCUAGUUCGAGCAUCCCGCACACCAGGCAUGCCAGAUCCCUACAAGGACUUAAAAAUCUACACGGACCUGUCGGCGGCAACCCUCCAAUUUCGGAAAAACCUGACUCCCCUCACAACAACGCUACGGGAGAAAGGAAUUAUGUACCGAUGGGGAUACCCAGCAAAAUUGCUCAUCCAGUACCAGGACUCACUGCACGCUGUAAGUUCGCUGCCGGCUGGCAAAGAAAAAUUUAAGAUGUGGGGCCUCCCGGUUGCCUCUACAGACGACCAUAACAAGGCAAAGAUACCUCGGAUGACCCCUGAGUGGACCCCGGCCUGA